AUGUUUUUCCAAAGGUUGAAUAGAAUCGCAAGAAGAUUGCAGAACACCGCCAAAAAAUACGAAAGGCUUCACAUAGCAAGGGAGCAGAGAAAGGCUGAAUUUGCUUCACUGUUAAACAAUGGUACGCUUACUGGUUUUCGCGGACCUGAUCACCUGAAGGUCAAGCUGAAUGCUGCUGCAAAGACGUCUCGCCUUGAAAUAGUCUACUUCACUGCAACAUGGUGCGGCCCCUGCGUCCACAUUGGUCUGACAUACACAAAACUAGCUUCAAAAUACCCCAAGUCAGUGUUCCUGAAAGUCGACAUUGAUGAGGCGCGCGAGGCAGCAGCAAAGUGGCAAAUCGAAAGCAUCCCGAGUUACUACCUGUGGAAAGAUGGAAGAGUGGUGGAUGAAGAGCUCCAGAUGAGGAUGAACUCACUUGAUAAGAUUAUUCCUGAACAUUAA